GAGCUUUGCCAAAUGUGAGGUGAGGCUAUAAAUUAAAGUAAAGAUCAAUGUAACUUAUCCUAUAGAGCCUGCAAAAAGAAACGAAAAAAAAAGUUUGAUGCUCAUGACAGUCAUGUCCUCCUCCACUUCCUCUUCUUCAGUUGCUAGCACUGCUGCUACAAAUGUCGUUUUUGAGAUUGGAAAAUACAAGGUGGUGCUCCAAAGAGCUGAACCAGAGACUACAUGCAGCACCAAGUCCUCAAAUAUUCCAGUUCCACCUCCAAAGCCUCUUCUGAUUGGCAUGCCUUGUGAAGCUGGAGAAUUCCCUCUCUUGCUGCUCCUCCAUGGUUAUCUUCUCUCCAACUCUUUCUACUCUCAGCUUAUCCAACACAUCGCUUCUCACGGCUUCAUUGUCGUUGCCCCUCAGUUAUAUACAAUAGCUGGACCAGAUACAACAGGUGAGAUCAAGUCUACAGCGGCAAUAACAAAUUGGUUAUCUGAAGGACUUCAGUUCUUGCUUCCACCCCAUGUUCAGGCAAAUCUAAGCAAGCUAGCACUUGCCGGCCACAGCCGUGGAGGCAAAGUCUCUUUUGCACUAGCAUUAGGGAAAGAAGGAAACACUAAUCGAAAGUUUUCAGCCUUAAUAGGCAUUGACCCAGUUGAUGGAAUGGACAAAGGGAAACAAACCCCUCCACCAGUACUAACCUAUGUUCCUCAUUCAUUUGAUCUUGAUAUGGCAGUGAUGGUGAUUGGUUCUGGUUUGGGUGAGGUGAAAAGGAACCCUCUGUUCCCUCCUUGUGCUCCAAAAGGUGUUAACCAUGAGGACUUCUUCAACGAAUGCCAAAAACCAGCAUGUUAUUUUGUGGCAAAGGAUUAUGGUCAUCUUGAUAUGCUGGAUGAUGAAACCAAGGGGAUCAGAGGGAAAUCUACAUACUGUCUGUGCAAAAAUGGGAAGUCAAGGGAACCCAUGAGGAAGUUUGUUGGAGGGGUUGUGGUUGCAUUCCUUCAAGCUUAUUUGGAAGGUGAUAAUAGCCACUUAAUGGCUAUAAGAGAUGGGCUUGAUGAGACUGUGCCAGUAGAGCUUCAAAUUGUUAAAUUUAAUUUGUGAAGUUUAGGAGCUGUGUUCAAAAAGCAAUAGAAAAAGAUUAAGCUGCAGUUUCCCAAAACAAAAUUAAUUUCUUUAUUUAUUUUACUUGCUCAGUUUGCUCCAUUACAAAUCUCACACGGAAGCUUCAAAUAAGUAAUUACAUUUAGCUUUCUGAAUUUGAAACUAAUGCAAAGACCAUUGUAAAAAUCUUUGAUUUUUUUAGUACAAGCGAUAGUUUUUUUUUUUUUUUUUGGGUCGGAAUCAAAUUUUAUUAGAUAGAAGGCAAAAGCCGGUUACAAGAAAGUGAGCUCCACAAAGGAAUUCGACGAAACUGCAACACAAGAAGGCAUAAAACCUACUACAUCAUAAAACUUGAAGACGACAUAAAGCCAAGAAAAACAAAGUGCACACAAAAAGCAGUGAAAACAGAACAGAGAAAUGCCACACCACCCAUAACCAAACAGCAGCAUAAUCAACACAAGCCCACACCCACCAGAGAGAAACCAGUAACCAAUGCUCGAGAUAGAAAAUGGUGGUGGACAAGCCACCAAAGCUACAAAGCGCGCUACCAUAAUUCAAGCAAUAAGUGACAUAAGCACUUUAAAAGCAACCCCAACUGCAUAAAAGUCAUCGAGGAGAGGAGACCCUCGUGUGGUCGAGGCGCUGAAGAUGGUGGUGAAGGGAAGGUGUCGAGAAAUAGCCGCCAAUGGUAGGAGGAGAAAAUGCAUAUCAAGCACUAGAGGCUCUUACAAGUAAAAACUAAAAGAGAUAUUGAUCAACACCACAAAAGGGUUGAAAGCAAAAGCAGCACAAAAGGCUGAAGAGAAUCGCAUAGCACGCUUGGUCACCUCGUUUGCACCAAAUCACAGAUAGAGGCGAAUCAUAGAUCUGAAGUAGUUUUCCAGCAUGAAUCAAAUCUCAAAUUUGCAAAAGAAACAAACAGAGCAAAAAAACCCUCCAGCAACACAAAUCGGAACAAUAAACCAACUGCGGCAGCCACAGGGGAAACCACCUAAGCCACCGAAACACAAAGGCAAUCCCCAGACAAAGUAGAUCCAGAAUAGGAGCAGAACAACGAAGCUACCCACACCCAACCACACACUCCCUGCAAAAUAAAGGAAAUCUCAAAGUCACAGCAAAAGAAAAGGGUGAGGAAGAAAACUCAAGGAGGGAGGGAAAGAGAGGACGGGAAGCAAACUUGUUUUUGUACAAGCGAUAGUCUAUACUACAAGGAAUGAGGAUUUCUCACACACACAUAACUAUAAUAUCGUGGGGAUUCAAACUUGAGGCCUCCGAUCUUAAAGUCAAGAUCUUUUUCCACUGUGCUAUAUUCUGUUGGCAACUGUAAAUUCUUAUGAUGCACCAAAAGGUAUUUGCUCUGCAAAUGAGUUUGUUGGAUUUUCACAAAAACUAAUGGAUUAUUUUGUUAAGCCCAAAAACUAAAAGUUUCUUAGAAACAUAGUGAAGGCCUGGCCCAAUAUCAUUAUAAAAAGAUGAUGGGGCUUGAAUUUUAAAAACUAACGGAUUUUACUUUUAAGCCCAAAAACUCAUUUUAAAAUAAGAAAACUUUAAAGAAAAAAUAAAAAAUAAAAAACCCAACGCACCCUCCUCCUCCUCCCUUUCUCUCAGCUCGCCUCCUCUCUCACCUCCACGGUCCACCUAGCAGCCAUUCUCCCUGCCCGCCCCAUCGUCCUUUUCGAUUCUUUUAGAAAUUAUAGUUGUCAAAAUACUGAGGGGUUGCGGCCUGCGGGGACACAAAGGCCUUCGAUUUCAUAGCAGUUGUUGUUGGCAUUCUGGCUCCGAAAAUACUGGAACACAGUUGUUUUAGUGUUAUAGAAGUUGGGUUUUUCUGGUGCCUAAUGAUUGUCUUCUCUGAAUCGAGUACAGGCUAAUUCCGGUGUGCUUACUAAUUUCGACGUGCUCAAAUUUCUAGAAUCUAGAGGGGCUUCUGAAGAUUCAGCACGGGUUUUUUCUGACGUAACGCCAUCAGAGAAUAAGGUUUAUGGUUAUUUGUUUGGGACUCCUGCUCGUGGUCAAACAACGGAGAAUAUCAAUGAGUUCAAGGAAAAGUGUAAGAAGUAUGACCUAGCGGAAGCUGAGGUGCUCAAUAUCAUCAACACUAGGCCAUCUAGCAUUGUUGGAAUCUACCCGCUUAUUGAGAAUUGCGACUUGCGUUUAGGAGAUACUGUUGAAGAGCUGGUAGAAUUGGUAGUAGAGGUGUUUCCAUCUCCUCUUCCAGCAAAGACUGUCGAAAAUGAUGCAAAAACCACAAAUGUGGAAAAAAUUGAAGACCAGAAUGAUAACGAUGAAGGGAAACCAGAAAAUGAGGAAGAAAUGGAGACAAUCGAUGGGUCUUAGGACUGGCCGUUAAUCUUUUCUUAAAAGUUUUGUGUUCAAAAGCGUUCCAAUACCAAUACCAAUGUUGGAAGACACAUGAAUUUUUGAACUUGUGGGUUUGAGAGCAAGUUUAUCAUGUUCUAUGUGAUUCUUUCCUUUUGUUUUUACAUGUACAAGCGAUAAUGAAGGAAGGAGGUUUUGGUAUUAAGCA